CUGUAGAGCUUGGCUGGUCGCGCCUGUUGGCCAAACAAAACGCCUAACAGAGUUUUUUUAUACAUAUUUUUCCAGACUGUGAAAUACUUGCUAUAUGAGCGAAACAGUAGAAUAGACAAGGCAGUGUAGCUUAAAUUGGCCAUGCAGGGAUUGAGGGUCUUUAGGAAAGGUGUCUGUUGAAAUGUAUAGAUUUUAGAAAGAGAAGAUCCAGGAAAGGGGUUAUGCUUGGCCAUUUCACAUUCACCCGCAGCUUGUUUUGUUUUUGAGGUUCAACCGGUGGAGCUUCUGGCGAGCUUUAUGUUAUUUUAGACCUGUGGCUUUAAAAUUUGAGCUGACCAUCUGCCCAGUUUCUGCUUUACCCAGGCCAAGAUGAUUGAGGUGGUGGCCUCCAUGGCCAGGGGGCCUGUUUUUCUGGCUGGAGAGGUUCUAGAGUGUCUCAUUACCUUUACCAACCCGAUGUCCCACCUCUCAACUAGUGCAAGCAGUGAGAUGCUUGCGUGGGCCAGUGCUCAGAUCCACUGCCAGUUUCAUGCUAGCGAGAGCCGUGUGGCUCUGCCCACUCAAGGCAACAAACAGGAUGUGCAGGCAGAGAGCGACACUGUACUCAUUCCCAGCAGAGGCGAGCGGGGUCAAUGCAUGCUGGACACUCCACCAAAAAUACUGUUCUGUGACCUGAGGCUGGACCCUGGAGAAAGCAAAACCUAUUCUUACAGUGAACUUGUCCCCAUGGACGGCCCUCCUAGUUUUCGUGGUCAGGCAGUGAAAUACGUCUACAAGCUGACGAUAGGCUGCCAGCGGGUGAACUCUCCUAUCAAACUGCUGCGAGUUCCUUUCAGAGUGCUUGUGCUGCAUGGGAUGCCAGAGCCCCCUUUCCCGCAGGAUGAGGAAGUAGCCCCUUCAAACCCUUUCCUAGAGGAAGAAGAAGGAGGAAGGAGAGACACAAGAACACUGGAACGAGCAUUAGACAUGCUGAUGAUUACCACGUCACGCCGAUGUCCACAUCUCUUUAAUAUUACGAAUAUGAGAGGGAAGGUGGCCAAAUUCUGUAUCUAUAAGACUGUGUACAGACUAGGGGAGGACAUUAUUGGCACGUUUACCUUCUCAGAAGGGGACAUCCCGUGUCUGCAGUAUUCUGUGAGUCUGCAGAGUGAAGAAGAAGUCAAUGAGCACUACCAGCGGCGGCCGGCUCAGGCGGUCAGCGUUACGGGUCACGGUCGGCACCUGGAGUCCUGCCUCCACACGGCCUCCAGCCACUUCUCCCUGCCUAUCCCCCUUAAUGUGACGCCUGGCUUCAGCACUGAUAUCGUGACCCUGAGAUGGCGUCUACAUUUUGAGUUUGUUACAGCGAGAGAACCAGUCGAGUUGCCUACUGUUCUUCAGAACCAGUCAGAGGUUACUGUUUGGACUGGAGCAGAGCAGGUAGAUGUGGACACCUUCAGUUGGGACCUGCCCAUUAAAGUGCUGCCCACCAAUCCGGCACUAGCUUCAUAUGUUUCACAAUUUACAGGGACCAAUAGUAUUAAUAUCUAAAGUGUGUGUAUGUGUGUGUGUGUGUGUGUGUGUGUGUGUGUGUGUGUGUGUGUGUGUGUUGACAUGAGUGUUGCUCAUCUGGUAUCUGGACGAAAUCCAGCAUCUCAUUUCUGGUCAUUUUAUUUGGUUUUAACCUUUGCAGUGCAAUGAAUAUCUAUAUGUAUGUACAUUUUAACAUUUAAGACAUCACCAACCUAUUUUUCCAUAUUUAUUUUAUUUUUCAGCCUUACAUGUAAUGAUCUAUAUAAUUUUACAUGAAAUCAUGCCUGAUAAUCUGCUCUAUUUUUUAUGGAAAUACUAUGGAAAUAAUACUGUUUCCCAGUGUGUAUUUCGAUGUGUGAGCACAGCCAGCAGUGUACAGAGAUUCUUUAAUGAAAGUGUUAUGAACUCUUGGCAAAUAAAGUGAUGGCAUCAUAGAGGAA